AUGCAUGAUGCGUACGUGGUCGGUGAGAACGUUCACCAGUUCUAUGUGCGCGAGGAAGAUGAGGGACACAGUGUGAUCGAGAUUGUCUGGCUCGGCCCCAAGGGUGGUGGUGGCGGUGGUCUCAGCGAUCACCACAUUACCGGUACCUAUCAGCAAUAA